UGGACGAUAUCAUACGCGAUAGUUUGGAAAUAAGUGCACUUCAUACGAGGAGUGUGUUUCAGAUUUUUAACUUGUAGUUACUAAUGUAAUUAGAACAUUUUCUUCGCUUGCAAUUUUGCGCUCAUGGAGCCUUACGCUGAUGGGUCAAAUCCUCCAAGCUUUCAAACAGACGAAGAUGAGAAUCCUAACAGAAUACAAUCUCAAGCAACAGCGUCUACAUCAUCCAAUCCCAACAUCGUUCACCAUGAUCUGUAUAAAGAUGUGGUUUUUAAAGUGAAAAAGCAAUUACCAGCACUAACGAGCUCCAUAGCAGAGUCACUUGUAGCGCUUUGCGUACACUGUACCUUUGCAGGUAUUUGUGAGAUGAAGUUCAAUGAAGAUGAUCAUGAGAAUGAAAACGACAAAGGUCAGAAGCAAGGUCAAGGAAGAGAGGUGAAACAAGAUCAACAAAUACAAGAUAAAGACAUGAUUACUGUUGUUUUUAACGCAGUUUCAGCGGAGGGCUUUGUAGAGGAUAAUGAAGAGGAUUUCAAAGUUGUCAUACAUGGUGACCAACCAGUUUUUCGAGGAUGGGAGAAUGGAUCAGGAAUACCUGUUACGACAAAACGAUUUGGUAAGAAACAGUGGUUGCUCCAAGCUGUUCUUCAGGUGCCAUUAAAACAUAUAGAGAAGAAAUGUGCUUAUAAAUAUGCUUUGCUGUCUCGCGGUGAAGCAAAUUAUGAGUUGUUGGUGGAAGUGGAAUCAUUCUUUAAUUUCUUAUAUUUUGGAUAUAUAAAUCGCUGUCUAUACGUCCCGACAAAGUACCACAGGAAAAAUAAAAUUUAUUACAAGUAUGAUGGAUUUGUCUACAAGAACACUGGACUAAGUAGUAAAUACUAUGAGGUUGUACAAAAGGACAGAGAAGAAUUCUUGCAACGGUUUUUUCCGCGCUGGAUUGGGUUUUUCAACAGUUCUGAGAAUAUAGAAUUGAUGCAGCCAGAUGAGGCGAUGGAAAGGCUUCAUCGUUUGUUCUUAGCGGUUACCGAGAUGUGGAUAUCGAAAAAUGGAGAAGUCUGGAAACAAGAAUUUUCUAAGCCUGAUUUUAAAAAGGUCGUUACUGAUUUGUUGAUGCCCAAGGUAGAAUCAAAUUGCAAAGUUUUGAAAAAUGGAAGAGUAGGAAAUAAAUCAAAUGAUAUAUUUGAGGCUUUAGUUUCGUCUGCUAUGAUUGCAUCUGUGUUUGGAAAAUGCAAAUUUACGAUAGCGAAAGAAGAAGCCGAAGAAAUUCUGCGGAGUCUCAAGUUUCCUGUAGAUCAGUCUGUUUGUGUGAGAUUUAUGGAAACUAUAAAUGCAUUUGAUCAACAAUUUUUAAGCUCUUUCAUUCAAAGCAUUUUUAAAAUAUUUUACCGAUUCGUCAAAACAAGGUCAUUGCUUGACUGGCUUAAUGCCUUACCAUUGCUUCAUUUUCUUCGUAAAGAAUGUGAACCAUUUAAAGAAGUCCUCUAUACAUCAACGCCUGAUUUUGAGCAAUCAAGAUGGUGGGGUUUGCAAGGCCUUGAUUUCGGAGAAGUUAAAAUUUCUAUGGGAGAAAGUGACUUGGGUAUACUGCCAAAAAUAGAAAAAAUGUUUCGUGUUGAUCCUUUACUGAGGCGUACAUACCUACUGCUAUGUCCUCUAAAGAUAUUUGGUGACCUUCUGAAAGAAAAAUAUUUCACUUUGCCUGAGUUGUGUUUUACAAUACGAAAGCUUAUACUGGAUGUAAACUUGCAAGAUGUGAUUAAGCAUCUUGAAGAUUUCUUUGAACAGAUGAGUGAAGUACUUUUUAGUUCCAGCCCUACAAUCUUUACAGAAAAUAAAUACGAAGAAACAAAAGCUUUGCUUUCUACGUUGGUGUGGAUUGGAAUGAGUUUAAAAUGCGAAUCUCAUUUGCAACAAAUUAAGUUUUUUUGUUGCCUGGCAAAAUGUAUCGCCAAUGCUAUUAAUCUUCAAAAGAGAGGUAUAAUAUUGGAAAAAAAUGGUAUACAUCUAUAUUCGAAAAGCACGCCAUUAUCUAAAUCAGAUGUAAAGGACAUGUGGAAUUUUUUCGAAGAGAUAUUUGAACUUACAAAGAGUUAUUUUUACUCGUCUUUGUCUAUUAACCUGGAAGAUUGUAAAAACUCUGAAUGGCAAAAGGAAUUACGUAUGUGGAAUGAAUUGCUAUCAUUUUCUGGUCCAGAUCUCUUUCAAAAUUCGUGGCGUGACGAAUUCAUGGCUAAGUUAAUUGAUCGAGUUAAAAAGGUGUCACCUCUCCGUCAAAUAGAGCUGCUUUUCCUGAAGGAGAAGAAAAAGCUUUGUGUUGUACUAUCUACGUGUUUACGUGACGCUGCUUUUGAAGCCGUUGAGAAAGUUGUUAUUACAAGUCACAGCGGAGAAGCUUUUGAAUAUUUAAGCCAAGAAAACUCAACAAAAGCAAUGGAAUUGCUUAGUGUUUUGCUUUACAAAGCCUGGCCUGAUAAACUAAGAGAAGAAGGAGCUUCAUUGAGUUCGAAGGAGAAGGAAAAGAUUUUGCUUAAUCAUCUACUAAACUGGUCUGUAUGGCCUGGUUUUUUUAAGCUCAUCGGCAGUAAUUCUGAAAGCAAAGAACUGAUAAAGGCUGGCGCUUGUGGAAAUAUGAUUACUCGAGCACAGUUGUAUCUAGUUAGUUUAAUAAAGUCUGUACGUGAUGGUACAGUUACAGUUAAAGUGCUAGAGUUGCUGAUGAGGAAUUCGGCCCAGUUUUUGAAGCUUGCCGAGUCUUAUGGAGAAAUUGAACAAAAUUAUCCGACUAUUGAGUUCUGGUUUCAAGAAAGAGUAUCAGAGCUGACUGAAUUCAAAAACUUACAUGAGCAGCUCAUGCAUUUUAUGAAAUUAACUAAACACUUCACAUCAGUUGAUGAAGAGUUUUCUAACCUUCGAGAAAAGGUUGCUAAAGAUUAUGAUGAGCUACCCUUAUGUCAAAUUGUCAAAAAAAACCAAAACGGGGCGUUAGAUUUUUCGUUUUUUGAAACGAACACGAGCACUCGACUGAAGAUAUCCAAAAUUAUGAAGAUAGAAAAAAGUAGAAUUUUUUGGUUGUUGUGGAAGAAUUACGGUGAGAAAGACGAGAAUGAAGAAGACGAUGUUGGUAUCAACCUGAUUGCAGAAAAAGUUGGUAAAAUAGAAGAGAAACUCGAGACUGUGAAUAAAAAUUUUUUUGAUGGUGAAAUGAAACUGAAAGAAACCGACAAGAUUUUGAGUUCGUUUAAAAUGUGCUACGAUUCUUUGGAAGAAGAGUUUCGAAUGCUUUCAAAUCACUUUGGUUAUCCUGAAAAGAAUGAUGUUGACGAAAAUCUAAAAAGUACAUUGAAUAAACUGAAGAAAUACAAAGAACUGUUCGAACUAGAACAGUGUGCUGGGGUGAUACUGAAAUUACGACACAAUUAUGUUUUAACAGGAGAUUUUUCUGAGGUUGAAAAUAUUGCACAGAUUAUAUCUUCUGAGACUUCCAGCGAUAUGUGCGUCAACGAUAUAAAUGAUAAACUUUUAAGCGUAGAGAGUUGUUUAAAGGAAAUUAAUAGUCACAGGAAAAGUUGUUUAAAAGUGUUUGCCGAAAGUGUCGAACUGGUUCUUUGGGUGAGAAAAUUUACAAAAGAUGAAAAAGAGUUAAAGGUAUUUAUUGAUCUGGCAAUGAUAUCAGCUGGGGAAAGUGAUUUAGAAAUCGACCGUAUUUCUUGUAUGCAUACAAGCUGUUUGGGAUUUAGCUCCUUGAUAUUUGGCUAUAGGGAAGAGCAUGGUUUUCGUGAACUGAUGGAUCUUUGCAAACGUCUCUGGCAAGUCACUGAUGCUAAUCCAACUAUUGACAAAAAGCUAGAAACAACCCAAAAAAAUCUUUUUUGGUUGAAGCAGAUCAAGGAGUCACAUGGCUCAGUUGCUAUGACAACAAUGGUCCAAGUAGAAGCAAUCAAUUCAUGUGAAGAUGCCGAUAGGAAUCGAGAGGAAAAAAUCUACAGUUUGGAUGAAAUUAAGGAUAUUCAAAGCAAGUUAAUGUUAAUUGCAGGAAAGGCGGAAAGUGGAAAGGAAGAAGUAGACCAAUUCAAUGAGGUUUUUGAACAAAUUCAGAGACUAAAUAAUCUUUACUUACAACUUUGUGAAGUGGGCGAAAUCAGUUAUCUCACCUGGAAAUCCGAUUUUCGGUGCAGUAAACAAAAACAAAAAAGAGAAAAUCGUCUCUAUAAUAUCAGAGAAUGCUGUGAAAAAAUGGAAAAAGAUUUAAAAAAAUGGAAACUUACCAUGAGUACGAAGAGACAAAAAUGUUACUCUUUAAAUCAUUUUACUAUGAAGCAGAUUUUAACCUUACGAAAAGAACUCUUCAAGGCGUGUGUUGGUGAAACUGCAGUCAAUGAACUUCCAAGGCAAAUAUUUGUGCUUCUUCAAACAGUUAAGAAUGACAUUGAUCCAAUCAUACUUGCAGAGGCACUUAUGAUACAAGAAAAUUCUUUGUAUCAAAAAGGCGAGGAUGUUCCUGGGUCAUGUCCGACACAAAGGCAAAAUUCAUUUGAAGUGCUUACUUCUGCUAAAGAGAUUAUAGAGUCUGAGGGUUAUGAUGAAGAUUACAUACUAGCUGCUUUGCAAGUUUGUGGUCGAAAAGCAACAGACGAUAGUCUUGUUGAAUGGGUUUUUGAUUGUAACGAAGAUAAAGACACCAUCUUCGCGUUAUCACAAAAAGCAAAAGAAAAUCCCAAUCUUUCUGAUCUUGUUACGAAAAUGUUUAGCACAGACUCUCACACUGAACAUGACAUUACUCUUCCCACCAGAAAAAAUGAUAAAGCAGAAUCUUUCCACAUCAAUAAUGAGGACACAAAAUACUUAUCUUUGGACAAUUUAGCUGCUUUGCUGGAAAAGAUUUCUGAAAAAGAACGUAGUCGAGUAGAUCGCAAUAUUCCAACAGUUUUCAAAGAAGGAGAACCAAAUCUAUUGCUUGUCUCGAAAGGUGAAGUUUUUGGUUGCGUGUUGUCUCUUUUCAUGGGAUGUGAAAAUGUAACGUUACCAAGUGACGAAGAGGUGGUUGUUUGUGACCAGAGCACGACAUCAGAAGAGAUUGAGCUACUUUGGCGACGAGCUGUAGGUGAUAAUACUGGUCGAUUGUUUUGUCUUGUUAAUGCAGAUCUUUUGGACUUUGACGUCAGUCAGGAAGCAUUACGUUUACUUGAAUCGUUGACUCAAGGACAACAAAAAUAUCGUUUGGUGGUGGUAUGCAGCAUAGAAAACGACAAAUCAAAUAUAGUGAAAACAUUAGAUCAUUAUCGACGCUCACUUCCUCCACUAAAGUCAUUGGAUUGUAUCCAAAGAUAUCUGAAAGAAAAAUUUGUAUAUCAACCUAAUCUUAAUGACCACGUUUGCACAGCAGCAGCUAUUGUAGAUCGAGAAAAGUUACUUGUGCGUUUUAUCAAGUCAUCAAGAGCAGGCAUGGGAAAAAGUUUGAUUGUAAAACGUCUCACUAAACAAUUAGAAAGUCAUUUAAACAACAAAAGGAAACAUUCUGGAAACACCAAAUCACCAUUAUGCUGUACUAUCCCAGUCCAUGGUGUGUGUGUUAACGAAAAUGAGAUCACUCGCAACUUUUUUUCACAUAUGUCAGAAGGAGAUGCUCCUGUUUCCAGAAUUUUUCAUCUAGAUAUUUCUCAAUCAGUAUCAAAAGGACUUGAUGACAUUCUGUUUAAACUAUUGAUUCUCGGAUCAGUCAAAGAUAACGAUGGAAACAUAUGGCGAAGGAAAACAACGGAUUUGUAUGUUGUUGAACACACAACCGACGAGGCAUUUGUGAUGCUAACAUCUGAAAAUUCUUCAAUAACUCAAAUUCAGAAUUCACAAAAUCGACAGUCAAGCGGCAAGUAUUCGUUUAUGAAGUUUUUACCAAGCAUCCAUUGUCUUUCACCAAGGGAAACAUUAAGAAAUUUGCAAUUACGAAGAGAUGGAGAUACGAGCUUCGACAAAGAGGAAUUCAAAAGUGAUGAAUAUCAACGAGCACUUCAAUAUUUAUUGCAUGUAUCCACUGGUGCGAACUUGGACAAUUUUUCAUACAUCAAUGAUCCUCGUGUUGCUGUAAACGAUCCAAAUAAAGCGUUGACUAUUUUAAUCCAAUACUGUGGAAUACGCGAUCCAUCAUGGGCCGAAAUUCAUCACUUUGUAAACUUUUUAAAUGUUCAAUUACGUGAUUGUGAGAAAAGUGUUUUCUGCCACACUAAAUUGGUUGGGGAUGUGUUGCAAGGCUUUAAAACAUUUGUUGUUUGCUUUAUGAUACAAAUGUCGAGGGACUUUGCUACAAGAUCUUUAAUUGAAACUUCUGAAAAAGAGAAUGACGAUCUACAACGCUUCCAAAUUCGCCGAUGUUGGGAAAAAAGUCCUCAUCCGUAUAUUUUCUUCCAUCAUGAUCAUAACAGCAUGACAUUUUUGGGAUUCUUGUUGAAUGAAAACGGGGAUUUGGUGCAACCUGGAAGUAAAAUUGUUUUAAAACAUGGCUUGAUGCCAAAAAUUUUAAGAGGACAAUUAAAGGUCCAAGGGGUAGAUUUUGAUGUAAACUACGAAAGCAGUGGACGAGAAGCACGAAUUAAGGACUUAUGUAAAGUCAUGGGAAUUAAUCAUCCUUUUGAUCCUGAUCCAACAUAUGAGCUUACAACUGACAACAUGAAGAAAAUCUUGGCUAUUCACAUGCGAUUUCGAUGUGGUAUUCCUGUCAUUGUGAUGGGGGAGACCGGUUGCGGUAAAACAAGUUUGAUACGGUUUAUGUGCCAGCUACAAGCCGGACGUAAUGGAUCAGAAAACCUAAUCCUCAUGAAGGUUCAUGGUGGAACAAGCUACAAGGAAAUAGAAAAGAAUGUCGCCGAAGCAGAAAAAUUGGCUUUACGUAACCAAAAGAUAAAUGUUAACACAAUUUUGUUCUUUGAUGAAGCAAAUACAACCGAUGCAAUCGAUCUGAUAAAAGAGAUAAUGGUUGAUCGGCGAGUGAAGGGUCGAUAUAUCGAUCCAACGUUGACUGGACUUCAUUUUAUUGCAGCGUGUAAUCCGUACAGGAAACACACUGACGAGAUGAUUAAAAAAUUGGAAUCAGCUGGUCUGGGUUACCAUGUUUCUGCCGACGAGACUGAAGAUAAACUAGGCUCCAUUCCUCUUCGCCAGCUCGUGUAUCGUGUCCAUCCUUUGCCUGAAAGUAUGAGACCUCUUGUUUGGGAUUUUGGUCAGCUCUCAGAUGACACUGAAAAACUGUACACCAAACAGAUAGUAGAGCGCUAUGUAACCGUUCCUUCAGUUGUAAGUUUGAAUGUUCCAUUUCUUGUUAUGAAUACGGAGCGGUUUAAAUACAUGCACUCAAAUGAUUGCGAGUGUUUAACAGCAAUAAGCCUGUCCAUUUUUUUAAUUUGCUUGCAAUUUAAGACAUCUUCUUUAUCAAACGAGAAAAUAAAUGGAACUGAUGCUCAAGUCUCAUGUAUUGCUAAAAUUUUGUCAGCCUCCCAAGACUUCAUGCGUGAACAAAAGAAUGAAUGCAGUUUUGUCAGUCUUCGGGAUGUUGAAAGAUCAAUGACAGUUAUCAACUGGUUUUACAAUAAUUAUGAUUUAAUGAGGGAUAAUAUUCUGCACUCUAACGAACAUCUACAUGUACAAAAAAAACCUUAUGAUUCCAGUGAUAGUAAAGAAGAUGAAGAAGAGGAAGAUGAAGACCUCCUUCCUUUGAAUCGUAUUGUAUUUUCCAUCGUCCAAGGUAUUGGUGUUUGUUACUAUGCACGACUAAAUGAAAGACAUGCGUAUUGCCGGUAUAUCAGCAGGUAUUUUGACAAUUCAUGCCCACUUCCUGGCGGUGAUAAAAUGAUGAAGGAUGAAAUAGUAAAGUGUCAGCGAGCGUUUUUGUACAAUGUGAAACUCGACCAGAAUAUUGCAAGAAAUAAUGCGCUUUGUGAAAAUGUAUUUAUGAUGGCGAUAUGUGCAGAACUACGACUCCCACUGUUUGUAGUCGGUAAACCAGGCAGCUCAAAGUCUCUAGCAAAAGAUGUAAUUUCAAGUAACAUGCAAGGUGGCAAUUCUAGUAGUGAACUGUUUAAGAAGUUAAAACAGAUUCACAUGCAAUCGUAUCAAUGCAGUCCCUUGUCUACACCUGAUGGCAUCAUUUCCAUUUUCAAACAAUGUUCCCAACUUCAGAAAGACAAAGAUUUGAGCAAGUUUGUCUCCGUAGUUGUGUUAGACGAGAUUGGUUUAGCUGAAGAUUCACCAUUGAUGCCACUGAAGACACUUCAUCCAUUACUUGAAGACGGUACAGCUACUUCGGAAGAAUAUGGAAAAGAGCUUGAUCAUAACCAUGUAGGAUUUAUUGGUUUAUCUAACUGGGCGUUGGACCCUGCCAAAAUGAAUCGUGGAAUAAUGUUAACUAGAGGAACACCAAGCGAAAUUGAACUUCUGGAUAUUGCUAGGGGUAUAUGCUCAUGGGAUGAGGAUAAGGAUAUUGACGAAAUCAUGAAAAAGUUGUGUGAUGGAUAUUUUGAUUUGUAUGAAAAGCAAAAAGAAUCAAGAACUUUAAAAAACGCUCAAAAGGACGAAUUCUUUGGUCUCAGAGAUUUUUACAGUCUUGUAAAGAUGGUAAAUGAAUCAGCGAAAGUUACUAAGAAAAGCGCUCGGAUUGAUGAUACUGAAUUAAAGCAUUGUAUUCUGAGAAAUUUUAGUGGCUUAGACGAUGUUGAUCCAGUUGAGAUAUUUAGUCGGCAAUUCCGAGGACUUGAGCAUAUAAAGAAUCCUUCAACGGAAUGUCUUCCCAUAAAUCUUCUUCAAAACAGUUUGAGAAGAACAGAGAAAAGAAGAGAAAGUCGCUACUUGCUAGUGUUAACGGAAAAUUACGCAGCAUUGAGAUUACUUCAAAGUAAAGAUUUUCGUGAGUAUGAGCCGGAAGUGAUUUUUGGCAGCAGUUUUCCAAGAGACCAACAAUACACACAGAUUUGUCGAAAUAUAAACCGUAUUAAAGUCUGCAUGGAAACAGGAAGAAUGGUGAUUUUACUUAACUUGGAAAGUCUGUAUGAAAGUCUUUAUGAUGCUUUAAACCAGUAUUACUUGUUUCUCGAUCAACAAAAGUAUGUCGAUCUUGGCCUAGGAAACCAUCGAGUCAAGUGCCGUGUUGCUGACAAUUUCAAACUAAUAGUGAUUGCUGAAAAAAAUGACGUUUACCAACGCUUUCCAAUCCCCUUAAUCAAUCGUCUGGAAAAACAUUUGCUAGUAAUGUCAACUGGCUUGACUCAACAUCAAAACUAUUUAGUUAAAGAGCUUAAAAAUUGGAUCAUACGUUUCUCCACACUGAAGACCGAAAAUUCAUCACAAGAAAGUUUAUUUCGACCAGGUGAUUGUUUUGUUGGCUAUCACAGCGAUACAGCAGCAACUGUCGUACUUCAAAACUACAUCAAGGAUUACUCUGAUUCUAAAGUACUUGAAGUUUCAAAGAAAACUCUUUUACAAUGUGCAUCUCCUGAUGCAAUUGCCAGACUCACAGUAUCACAGUUGAAACACGAUGCUUGUGAAAUUCAUGAAGAGUAUUACAAAAACCAACAACAUGGUACUUUAAAGAAUUAUUUGGUUGAUUGUUUUCAAACAAAAGACAAUACUACGGCCUGUGGUUAUCUUGUUCAGGUAACAACAUACUCACGACUCUUGUCGGAGAAAAAUGCUUUGAGAAUAGCAGAUGAAGCUGGUUUCCCAGGCUGGAAAUCUCGAUGUAUUCGACUCCAAGAAUUUCAAACGGAGCAACAGUUUGUCAAAACUUUGGAAAACUUUUUUGUCAAACUUGGAGGAGAGAAAGGACUUCUAUUGGUUCAAUGCGAUGACAGAGAGAGAAACUUCAAUCUUAUUGCAUGUAGUCGUUAUCUCCUUGAUCAAACUCGACGCAAGAUUUUGGAAAUGUUCAAAGAAUACACAAAUCCUAUUCACAUUAUAUUUAUCAUCCAGUUGCCAAAAAUUUCUGGUGGCUGCCAUCAUUUUGUUGAGUUUCAAGGUGGAAAAUGGCAAUGUGUCCAUAUUGACGAGCUUCUUGAGACAAAUGAACAAUUGCCGCAACUUGAACAACUUGUUAAUCAUUCUGUUAGUGAUCUUUUUAACUUAAAUGAAAGCAAUGCACAGAAAAUAGAGGAGAAUUUGGGCGGAAAAAAAAGACGCCUGACACUCCUGUUGAAGAAAUACUUGCAGUCUGCAGCUUCUAGAGUUUUUGACGAAUCAAUUGAAGAUUUGAGAACCACAAAGCGAAUUGAGAUAUUACAGAAAUGCUUUGUUGAAACAGACCUAUCAACAAUUCUUAUUUUACGGAUUCAUCAAUUGCUGCUUGAGCGUGAUAAGGAAUGUUCAUCUGACCAAAAACUCUGGGUUCAAGAAGAAGCGUUGUCUCAAAGACAUCUACAGGAGACUGGCACAUUUAGAAAAGCUUUAUGUAAAAAGAUAUCGUCAAUUGUUUCUCCUAUUUUGUCGGAAGUUAUCGCUUACUGUGAUCGCAAUCACAACCUUAACUUGCUUCUCGAAGCAAAUGUUUGGACUAGAAAGUUAUGGCUUGAAAUGUUAAAGGAGGAUAGCAUCACCACAAUGACUUAUGAAUCAUUUAUUUCCCCUGUAUCUGGUAGGAUAAGAGAACGAGCAACUGUGUUGAGCAUUGGAGUUGGACAUCGUUUUGAAGGAAAGUUUCCAUUCUCCUGGAUAAUUAAAGAUAUUGUUCAAGAUCUAUUGUUGAAAGUUGGCGGAGAUAUCACAAAGAGAUUGGAGUCAUUAAGAAGCAUUUUUGAUGCUUCUCCUUUGGGAAUAUUGAUCAAAUUGGCAUUUGAAGAGCCAGAUGUCAAGGAGGAGGCAGCGAAAAAUUAUUUGAAUGACUUUUUACAUAUGAUGUAUAAACCAGUCGUGAAAAAUGAACUGAAGUUGAUAUACGACGCAGUACUUGCAACGUCUAGGCAAAUACACAAAACUUUUCAUGAAGACGAUAAAUUUCACCUGGACAUUCCUCUCAUUCAUUUUGCCUAUUCCAUGAUUCAAGAACGUUUGCUGAAUUUCUCUGAAAUUGUUCAUGCAUUUCCUCAACUGGUAGAAAAACUUAUGGAGUCUCCAUCACGUAUUAAUGAAACGGAAAUGUGCCUGGAUGCUAUAGCUCUUCAUUGUUGUCUAGAAGAACUAGAACCAAAUUUAAAUGAUUUAAAAAAUCUUCAUAAGCGCAAGAUGUGGUGUAAUCAAGUUCAAUGUCUACAUCCAAUUAUUCAGGAUAUGAAAACGUUACUUACAGAAAGUGGGAAGUCAAACAAUGUUGCUGCUCGUUUGUCAAAAAAAUCUUCCCAGAUUUUGGAAGGUUGUUGGAACAUGUUUACACGUUUGGAUGUUGUGCGUAUGUUUAUUGAACACACUUGUCCACCUGAGGAGUUAAAUCAUACUGAUGAUGGUUCCAAUGCUUUAAAAUUAUGGAAGGAAUUGGGUGAAAGUCCUGUCUUUACUUCACUUCAUACCAUAGAUGUUAUUGAUGAAUUUUUGAAAGAAUGCAGUGAAGAAUUACAAAAACGAGAAAUAAAAUUUGAUGCUGUAUGCGCCAUUUGUAUAACGUCACUCCAUGAUCCAGUUCAGCUACCAUGUGGUCACGUGUAUUGCAAACUUUGCAUAACCAGGUGUCUUGACAAUCAUAAAGUCUGUCCUGUAUGUAGAUACGAUGUUAGCUAUGAUUUUCAGGUGAAAAUUGAUCCAACGAUUAGGCUUUCUUUGGAAGAAUGGAAAAGCUUUCGUAAUCGCUUCAAAUCCUUUUUCAUGAAUGUUGUCUCUGUCUAUUGCUUUGGUGAUGAUUUACCACAAAAAGAACUUUUGCGAAAGUUCAUGUAUUAUGUGAUUAAAGAUGGAAACGUAACUGAAGAUUUCACUCAUUUUGAUGGUCACGGCAUUGAUGUUACUCCAGUUAUAAGAUCAUACAUUUUACAGCAACUUCUUUCAAUCAAAAAGAGAGAAAGUGAAGCUGAUGAGUGUUUAGAAGAGUAUCUCAGUGAUGCUAAAGGCUUGUCAACCAGCAAGGAACAUUUGAUGAACGUUUGCAUGUUGUUUGUUCAUUGUAUCGAGGAUUCUAUAAUUGGUGAAUUAUUACGAAAAAAACAAACAAAAGAAAAAGGAAAAAUUCUUGAAAUUAAAAAGCUGCACGAAAUCCUUGAUCGAACUCUGAAGAAUUUUCAAAAAUGGGAAACCCUGGACAUUGACAGUCUUAAAGAUAUUGCUGCAAUACGGGCUGCAUUAACUGAACUUUCUACAUUUAUUAAUGACGAUCUUUCCGACAACUUAAACAGCAAUUCUCAACUUAGGAAUUGCUUUGAAGCUGCUAAACAUUUGUCUCGCGAAGAAAAGCUAUCUGCUUUACACUUAUUCCUACUAAAACAGUUAAUCCAUAAUGAUCCAAACGGUUUUGAUGGAGUGAAAGAAAGGUGUAAAAACACAGAAUUGAAAUGGAUUUUGCCUCCACAAAUUGAGAAGCAUGAAAAAACACUGGACAGUUUUAUAGUUCAUGACGAUGAUUAUUAUACUGUGCGAAAAGCUAUUGGCAAAGGAAUAAUGACAUCAAACUAUGAAGAAAUGCAGUUGACCUUAAAGAAAAUGACCUGUGAUGCUCCAAAUCAGUUUUUUUAUAUUUUACUCGCAUUUUAUGGCGAAGUUAAAAUGAAAUUUUCUUCUGGAAGCAAAACAGAUCGCAUCUCCUUAGAGAUGGUGAAUAAGAAACUUGGAGAAUGUGUAACUGAACAUAAGCUACCUCUUGCAAAGAAUCUCUUAGAAAAUUUCAACAAAAGUCCUUAUGAGCAACUACUUCAGCUACACAGUGGACAAACUUUAAAUGAUAGACAUUUAAAUGAAAUCUUGAUUCAUUUCCUUGUUGUUUUGAGUUGUUUUCCAAAUAACCAACUUUUGGCUCCAUUGUCAAACCUUGCUUUCAAUCCAGGAUCAAUGAGGAAUGCGUAUAUUCCCACUAUGCCUCACGAUGAUGGUCCCAAGGUCAUGGAUGUUAGCUAUGAGAGCAAUAACGCACAUCAUCACGUCAUAACAGUGUGUGGAGAGUACGAAGAAACGUAUAAUUCCCUAAAUUCGGGUGCUGCAAUCGAAGAGGAAAAUUCUCAUGCGCAUCGAAGUAGUACUGGGCACAUUUUAGGACGUGUUCAAAACCAACCAACAAGUGCAGAAAGAAAUUUGAACUCUUUAUCAUGUUCUGUUUUACGUUGUUUGACACAUGUGGCUAUGUUGUUGGGAACAACUCCAGACCAAAUUCAGAAUAUUUCAGCUAUUGUCAUACCACCUGUUGAUGAUAUCAUUCAAUUCAUAAAAGACCAUAUAAAAAAUGAUCUACGUUGUAUUGCAAGAUUUGUUGGUACAAAUGUCGAUGAAGCUGCUGUGAUCAUUCAUCUGAUUUUUGUAGAAAUUGUAAAAAAUAAUCAUGGAAACAUCUAUUUCUCUCAAACUGAUUGGUCAAGUAAAGAAACAAGACAAACGUGGGAAAAUGCGUUUAUGAAAACUUAUUUGAACCCUGUUCUAUCAGUUGUUUCUGAGUUGUUAAGAGAUGGCUUAAGCAAAAUGAUCAGUGAUGAAAGACUGGGAAAUAACGAGCUCUUGAAAUUAAUCUAUGAAUUAGAUGAACCAAACUCUAUUGUUGUUAAGACAUUCGAUCCUUCAUGUCCUGCAUUGUGGAGAAAUCGCAAGAAAAUCACCAUUGAACAUUUGUUCUUCAAAUACCAAGAAUAUUCUCAUGGUGUCAAAGUGCCAACAGACAAGUGUGAAGUACUUGAUGAAUUUCUCAAAAAGGAAUGUCAUCUUCGUGCAUUGCAAUAUCUUCCCAAAAUUAUAAAGCUGCAACGAUUUCUUUUUGAAAAGUUUCAUCGUCGCUUAGAUCGAAACGAUGCUGAAAAAUACACCAUUGGAGACUUAUAUAAAAAAGAGCCUGAUUUAAAGAAGCAUCUCUCUUCCUUAAUUGAUGAUUUCAGAAAGGCUUGGAAAAUCAUCAGAAUAUCACUUGUACAAAACAGUCGUUACGGAAUUUCGAAAGAGCUAAGCGAGAAAGAAGUUACUAGUGCCACACCAAUUUCUAUGUUGUUGCCUUCGUGGAAAGGAUUUGGAAAGUGUUCUUUAGCACUGACAAAUUACCUGGUGUCUUUACAUAACGAUUUUAUUGGUCGAUGUAAGAGUUUGUUGAAUGACGACGAGAAAAAUUCAGAGGAGUUGUCACUUUCAAAUGUUACUAAAGGGCAUUUGGUUGCCUAUGAUACAGAGAGAGAUUUUCUACCGAUGGUCCUGGCUCACUGUGAUUAUUCAGUUAAAGUUGCUGAAGAAACUGAGGAAACUGCUGUAAAAUUUAACUGGAAAUCUUUAGAAAGGCAACUUGUAGACAGAUUUAUUCGGCGAAAACCUAGGAUUGCAUGUUCGUUUGAUUUAUUUGUCUUCAGUAAAGAUAUUUGUGAUGGAGCUGUUUUUAAAGCUUUAAGUAGAAAAAUACCUCAGGUUACGCUAACUCAAUCAACAAAAGAUCACAUCUUAAGUGAACUAAAUCGACUGACUGAUGUUUGUGAUGUUCUUAAAUCUCUCCACGAUGUCAUUGGUUUUUUAUCGUCUGCUGGAGGAGAUCCCGUAAUGUUUAUUAGUGAAUAUAUGCAAUCAGCAUUAAAACUUGAUCCUAAGAAGAUUUUAAAGAGUGGAAAGGCAGAACAGUUUUGUCAGCUUCAACAUGUUGUUGCGCUUUGGAAAUUGUUAUCAUUAGAAAGAGCAAGAAUCUUAACUGAAAAUAAUCAGGAUCCAUUUGAUGAUGUAACAGAUAAUAUAAAGACGGCUUUGGGCAAACAGACAAUGGGCGACUUCUGUCGUGGUUUACACAAAAUCAAAAUUGAUCGUUUUGUUGAUGAGUUGUUGCAUCUUAUUUUACUCUUUUUGAAAAAUGCACAAGGAAAACAGUUACACCAUCCCUUAGCUGAGUACAUCAACAGGAAGCUUGAACAAGAUGGUUGUACUCUUAUUGAAGAUCUUAGAGAGAACUUACCAGAUGAAGUUACUGUGGCACAUGCUGUUGAUGCUUGGAGGCUUGCAUAUGAGAAAAGUGACUACCACUCAAACUAUUCUUGAUUAUGUCCCCAAUGGAAGAUGGAUUCUUUAUAUUAAGCUAAUAAAUUGCACUUAAAAUCUCAUUCACAUUCAUAUUAAACUAGGGUGCAUCAUUGAACAAUAGUUAAUACAAUAGAAAGAAGCACAAGCAAAUGUAAUACGCAUGUGUAGUUUAUCUCCUAAAAUGAAAAUGUUUAAUUCAUUACUACUUGACGACCAAUUCUGUAACAAUCAAUCUUUUUGCACUAAUACAUAUUUCAAACUGUAAAAA